AUGAUUAUUGUACACGGGGUGAAAACUCCACUACUUCGAUCUCACCUGCACACCAAACUUCCUCCGUGCUUAAAAUUAUGGGACGAAAAAUAUUAUGGUGCUAAGUUUUCGUCGAGUUCUCAUUCUGAGAAUGUUAUCCCACCUCGCAAACCACGAAGACUUUUCCGGAAGUUUUUAUUUUUUGGCGUUUUGUCGAUCGGUGCCUUCAUUGGUUCAGUGUACACAUUUGAAACUGUCCGAAAUGAAUUAGUCACAUACUAUCCACCUUCAAAACAAAUGUUAAAUUGGGUUGAAAGUUCAAUUGGUGGAUGGUAUUCUAGUGGUUCAGGAGAACAACAAUCAGUUAUUACCCCGCCAGUCAGCGAUUUUCCUCUCCCACUCAAACAAAAAUCUGAACCCCCUCCUCCACCGAAACCUUCACCUAGUCCAGAACCCGUUAAUGUCCAGAAAGAAAAACCUCCCUUACCAACUGAAGAAGAGGUCAAAGAUAUGAUAAGUAGACGUCAUAUACCAUUGAUGAAUGUAGAGUUGAAUGAUUUGCCUAUUCUUGUCAGCGAAACAGAAAGCAAAGUGGAAAGUGCCAAAAUCAAAUUAAAAGAACUUGAAUCAAUCACAGUGAAAUAUAUUGAUGCACUUCGUGCUGCUGUACAGGAUAAUAAUUCGUCAUCUAAACAUAAAAAUUGGGAUGUUGUUGGACGACUUGAAAUGGCUAAAAAUAGAACAGAAGAACAAGUGGAACAAAUUGUUGAACAUGCUAAUCAACAACUUCAAGAGUUACAUCAUGCUAUUGAACAGCAUAAGAAUACAGAAAUGGCAUUAGAGAAUAAUAUUAUCCCUGAGUCAAUUGAAGCCUAUGGAAAUCUACAAUAUGAAUUAACUGGAGCUAUUAAUCAAGUACGUAAAUUACAGAAUGAUAUUGCUAUGCUUAAACGUUAUCGUGAUUUAGUCUCAUCUUCACAUGGAGAUCUUCAAGGUGAUCUGGAAGCAUUACUAGAACAUAUUGAUGGAAAAACACCAAAUAAAGGUACUGAAUCUAUGAAUGUGGAUGAAUUGAAUGAUCUGAUUUCAGUAGCACACGCUCGUAUCGCUUCAUUACAAAAGAAAUUAGAUCACUUAGAGCAUAGUGAAAAAGAACGCAUGAAGUCAGCUAUGGAUGCACAACGUCGUGCAGAUGAAUCACUACGUGAACAAUAUGUAAGACAAGAAUUAGAUUUAGAAAGAAGUAGGCAUGAUAUUGAAAGGCAUAAAUGGUUAUUACAAGCUCGUGAAAAUACAGAACGUGAGUUGAAAUUAGCACUGGCUAGACAUAGUGAACAUCUUUCACAUAUGUUACAAUUGGAACGAGAUAAAAUGGAGCAUGAAUUUCAAUUUCGUCUUCGUGAAGCAUUAGCUAAAGAAAGAGUUACCUUUGAAGCUGCACUUGUUGGCUGGAGAAAGCGUAUGGAAGCUAUAGAGGAUGUUGUUGAUGGCCGAGCAGAUCUAGAUAGAUUAGCUAAAGAAGCACAAUCCUUAUGGCUUGCAUGUGAAGCUCUAGCUUGUCGAUUGCAUUCCGUUAGUCCAACGAUGAUGUCUCAUCAUAAAGCUAAAGAUGAUUCAACUUUAGUAAAUCAUACUGGAUCUCUGAGAGAUUUUGUUAAUUCAAUUCGUGAAUGUACUUCAUCUGGCAAUUAUCCUUUUGCUAAUGAAAUUCUGAAUAGUUUAUCUGAUGAUAUCAUUGAGAAAGGUGUUUGGACAGAAGUUGGAUUGAAAAAAAGAUUUGAAAAGGUGUAUAAUGUAUGCAGAAAUGUUACUUUAAUUGACGAGACAAGUGGUUCAUUAUGGGAAUAUGCCUUAUCUUGGCUACAAUCUGUUCUCAUAGUUGACAUGAAAUACAAAUGUUUACAAGCACUUUCAUUCAUCAAUCCAAAUUUUAUUGAUGGUAGUAGUACAAAACUUGAUCUCUCUGCAUAUGAAGAGGAUGUUGUUGUGAAACAGCCCAAUUCUCCUAAACUAGAUCCAUUCUGUUUACUGUCUGCUGCUAAACAAGCAAUGUUCAAUGAGCAUAAUAUUCUUUCAGAUAGCGAAGAUACUUUUACUGAUGAAGCACUUGAAACAGCUGUACGUUUACUUGGACAAUUACGUGGUCAAGCUCGUAUUGUUGCUGAUGAUUGGUUAGUCGAUGCUAGACAUUAUUUAGAAGUGAAACAGACAGCUCGAACGCUAUUAGCCUAUGCUGCUGCUCGUGAUAUUUCCACAUUUCAGAAACGUUUGUAA